AUGGCCGUUGCUGCUACACUUCUUCCAGUACUCCUGCUGUUCCCUGUCUACCUCUUGCCCUUUGUAACACAAGCAAACCAGUUAACUGUCGAUUGCUCUUUCAGAGAGCCAGACUUGGCAAGUAACCUUACAAUGUCUGCCAUGAUUACAGGCAGACUUGCAGCUUCCAAAUAUCUGAGCCACUUAUGUGUUGUGAAGACAAGUGGAUCAAGCCAUCAAAAACGCUUCUUGCAGGUGAAAGCCAAAAUUGUGAACAGCGAAUCGAAUGGUGAGCGCGCGUAUCUUCUUUCUUUUGACAUAUCGGGUAAAUUUUCUUCGUUUUAAGCAUCAUGUGCUUUUUUUCGUGACGGAAAUAGGCCGACUGCUUCACUUUAUAAUCGCGAGCUAUGAUGUAUUUUAAAAAUAUAGAUUUGAUGAAGAAAGGUUUAUCAUCUUAACACAUGAAUUCUGCAAACUUGUGGUUCAAGUAAAAGUUGUGAAAAAUGUACUGGGGGUUUACGUGGAGGCCAUCUCACGCGAUCGAGAGGACGCACGCCUGCUUUCGUUGCCAAGGCUGUCCAAGGCAGAUGUUUUAUUAGUCAUGAAACAAAGACAGAUUUUUGUGUUUCCUCUGUACAUUUCUCUCAUGAAAAUCAGCUUCACGGCUAGCCGGCUUUUCGAACGUUUCUGAUUAUUAUGAAAGUGGUAUUUUAGAAAGUUUUUUUUAGAAACCUGUCGGUAAAACGCUAUUACGCUCUGUUUUGACUACGAACUUGGCGACUCUUAGUCCGUAUAACGUCAGUUAAAGUACGUGCUAAAUUAACAUAAAAUGAUAACAUUGAUGUAUAUUUAGCAUAGUCAUCGGUUUUGACAUAGUACCAAAAGAACUUAUUCGUAUUCUGUAUUCGUAUCAACUCCGACCAUAGAAUAUGUGGGCGUACACACCGAAAAAGGGAUUCACCCAUACUGCUAAUGGAACAGCAAUAAAUGGAAAAACUGAAGACCAAUUUGGACCCUUUUACAUCCUUAAGUGUUCCUUCUCCGGGAAAUGAUCCAGGCAGUUGGGGUUAGAUGGAAGAAGUUCGAUUUGAUCGAGGUAGUUCGGGUUGAAUGCUUUUUUUUUGUGCCACAACUUUUGAAUCAGUCAACAAUUUCAACUGGAAUCCUAGUUCAUUGUUGAAAAAUAAUUUAAAUUGUCUAGUCGUCUUUUUAUAGACAGAUAUCAUGAAUAAAUUAGGCCGGUUUUGUUUGCGUUUGCGAGUGAUACAGGAACAAUUUCUCGGAAAGAUAAAAACAAUUUGCAUCUGAAAGCUGAACGGCAACGAACCACGAGUGGAGUGUACUUUACGAACCUUUGAUCAUCCCUGCUGUGAUGCAUUCCUUAUCAAACAUUUGGCUCCUCUUUGUCACAGUUGUUAACAGUGUAAUUAUUCAAGGUACCUUAAUUCAACGUAAAGCUUCAAUUCUAGAUUUAUGAUCUGCCCUGUUUAAAAUUCAUUAAUCGACUGAGGUGUUAAAAUCGCUUUCUUCGUGGAAAAAUCCGUUAGUUUGUCACGCUCUGCAGCAAGUCAAGCCAAAAGGUCCUAAAACCAAAAGUAAACAAGAGGGUCUCAAGGAGGUGAUGGCUUUCACGACAAUUGGUUAAAAUUUUGGCCAUUGAACAGCUAUUAGUUAAUUUCAUUCCGUUUCAGGUAAAAGAAACUUUUUUCACAGUUAACAAACCGUUGAAAUUUUCAUGGCUGACUGGUUAACCCCACUGAGACUUAGCUCAAACUUUAUAAAUAUGAAAUCACAAACAUAGAAAAUUUCUGACUAGUAGCAAUUUUGCCAAAUAACCAUCUUCGAUUGACAUUAGAAUUUGAAAAAAUCCUAAACAAUUACUGGUAUAUUUGACUGUAAAUCAACCAAGAUUUAAAUCUUCACAUAACAGAAAUUGAGGAUUUGUAUUCCUUCCAACAGGAUUUUUUCAUGCAUCAGUAUAUGAAGCAGAUGAACCCCACUUAUUGGGCAACUUGGAUGUUUGGAAAUCGAAAGGGGAUUGGAGUUCUCUCAUCAUAUGUCCGUCACGUGACCACAAUAACAAAGAUCAAGAAAAACAUCUGGUACUCUCAGGAACACCAAACCUUGCUUUUAAAGUGCAGGUAGAAAGCUCUGUUUUAGGAAUAGUGCUCAAUAAACCACUGACUUUCCGUUUAGGUCCAUAUAAACCAAUCAAAGUAUUUCAGUUCAUCCCAACAGAAGACAUCUCAGAUAUGCAGCUUGACGUCACUGUCACUUCUGAAUCUGACGACGUACCAGCUUACCUAAAAGUAUCACGUGACUGCAAGGAUGUCAAUGAGAACAUUGACGUUGUUGACUAUAAGGGAAAGUCGAUUCGCCUGUCUUUCGCCAAAAAGGGACGGAUUACUUUGUCAAGAGUUUCUAUUCCACCAUUGACUGAUUCCACCUCGAGCUGGUUCAUUGGAAUUGCAAUUAAGAAUGCGACAGGUGAGACGCCAAAUGAGGCGACUAAGAGUGUGACAUUAACUUUGAAAAGAUCAUUUGAUUAUUCCUACUUUUGGCCCAUAUUUCUCUUGGUCGCGUUGUCAGUAGGCUGUGGUGCCGUAGUGGCGUGCUGCGGUAUUCGCUGCUUUCCAAUAGCUUCCAGUGGAACUCAUCAUUCUUCGCCGAGUAGCACUGGAGGAAAUGGAAGAGCGGAUUAUGGAUCGAUCCCACUAUACAUGCAAUCUGAUGUUGCAGUACAUUUAAUUCUGACCUCUCGAGAAAGAGGAAUGGAAGGAUGCUGUGAAUUUAUGUGGAACUGGUUCAAACGUGGUCCCAAAACAUACUCAUACAUAACUGGUAUCGUUGGCUUUGUGUUGAUGAUUGGUGCAGGCCAGUUUGUUUUCGCCGACUGGCAUCUGAUGAUACAAGAAGGAGACAAAGACACUUGUUAUUACAAUGAUUUUUGUUACAGGGUCAGCAAGUAUGAUGAUAUUCCAUUCAAUUUAAUGAUUAGCAACUUAGCAUAUAUGAUUCAUGGCCUAAUUCUAGCUAUUUCUGUGAUGUAUAUGGAGGCAAAACUAUUUUCUCGUUUUAGAAAUAGUAAUGAUCUCCCACCACAGUAUGCGUUUUCCAUGGGUUAUGCUUUUGCCUGGGCUUUAUUUUUUGAAGGUUGUUUUUCCCUCGUUUAUCAUCUCUGUCCAAGUGAGCUGACGUUUCAGUUUGAUACAGGGUUUAUGUUCGUCAUUGCAGGAUUGAUCGUUGUUUUGUUGUACAAUGGAAUCGAAAUGAAAGAGAAUUCAGGAGAAAGGGGAUUUGUUGACGCAGCCAAUUUCUUCCUUUACUUCCUAGUACCACUGUACAUUUUUAACUACUUAGGCACACGGAGCCAUUUAACACCUGGGCUGGUUAACGCUCCGGCUUUUUUUACUUUUGCUGCAAUUUGGUGGAUUUUAAUUACUUUCUGGACGGGUUGGAAGCUGUUCCCAGAUUUCAGUUGUUCAAUAAGUUACAUGAAAGAAAAUCGCGGUAAGUGUUUUUGGUUUUUUCUUGGUUUUGUUUUACCAUUCAUUUUGUGUGGGUUUUUUUCAAGCAAUAUUCCUGAAACUUUCUUGUUUACCUGCAUUGCAGAAUGCAUGAUUGCUAUUAUUGGCAAUGCUUUGUGCAACUGGGAGAAAAUCAAAAGGGCAAUACGCGCAAACAAAAAGCGCAACGUUUGUAUUCAAGUUGCUUAUAUCGUGCUUAUGGUUAUUUUGUGGUGUGUGGCUGGUUGGAUUUUUGCUAAAAAAGCAACAACAGAUAAAACGCUUUCUCCUAAAAAAUCAAGAGAUUAUAACCAAGACUGCAUAAUUUUGAAUUUUUUUGACGCCCAUGACCUCUGGCACAUUUUAUCAUCCCAUGCUCUUCUCAUGUCAGCGUAUGUGGUCAUGUUUAUGAGUCACAAGGAGGAUUAA